CACCUCCCAAGGUUUUCCUUUCAAGACCCAAGGGAUAUCUUCGUCAUUAAGGUCUUUCAUUGUCUCAGUUGCUUCCCUUUCUGUCUCAAACCUUUUUGCGAUAUAAACCAGAGGAACCAUGUUUCUACCAAAAAAAAAACAGAGGAACAGAGUCCCUUUGGUCGUUCUUUGUGGUGAAAUGGUUAAGCUAACCAUAGUCGGGAGAGUGAGUGAUGGGUUACCUAUUGCCCAAGGCCCUCGCUACGUGAAUGAAGAGAAUGAUAAUAUGUUGUUCUACAAGCAGCAGGGAGAGUUCAUACUCAAAGAAAUUUCUAGGGGAGUCCUCUCACCUUCAAAGAUGUCCAUUCGCAUUGACCAUUAUUGCUUCUACUUCUUGGUCGAUAAUGGGUUCUGCUAUAGCACGUUGUGCGAAUCAUCAUACCCAAGAAAAUUAGCUUUUCAUUAUUUGCAGGAUUUACAGAGAGAGCUGGGAAAGGUGGAACCCAGAAUUGUAGAGACAAUUUCCAGACCUUACAGCUUCAUUAGAUUCGAUACUGUGAUAGGGAAUAUUAGGAAACAAUAUUUAGACGCAAGAACGCAAGCGAAUCUAUCUAAGCUAAAUGCUAAUCGUCGACAAGAACUAGAUAUAAUGACAGAAGACAUCUCCAAGAUCAUUGAAAAUAAACGGAAUUCAGAGAUUUUACAGAAAGUGUUGUUGAGCUCUGGUACUGUAUCCUCCAUAUGGUGUUCUCCUUGUCUUGAGGUGAUUGCCUUGAAGUGGACACCUAUUACCAUCAUUCUUCUUGUUUCCAUUGUCCUCCUAUGGAGCUACAUCAUCCUCUCAGAGUAUAAUGUCUUUUAGUUCAUGAAAUCUUCCCAAUCAGAGAAGCAUUGGAGGAAAAGAUGACAUAUUUCCUUUGAAUUUUUUGUUACAAAGCCAGGAUACUGAAAGAUACAACUUCAUGUUUUGGGAGGAAACUUGGAAGAUGUCAAAUGAAACCUGUAAUUCCAUGUAACAUUGGGGACAUACAUGAGGUCAAUUGAUUUGUAAGAAGUGUACUAUGCCUAGUGAGGCACAUUUGUGGAAUGAAAUUCAUGGUCAGUUAUCAAUA